CCGGUGUUCAUAUCCUCAACGGGAGCUCUUGAGAUACUGCAUGUUUCUGAUCCAGAACUGGUGAAGGACAUUGGUCACUGCACACCAUCAGAGCUGGGGAAGCCUAAGUAUCUAAAAAGAUCUCGCAAAGCCUUAUUUGGUAGAGGUUUGCUUACAGUGAAUGGUGAUGAAUGGGCCUACCAGAGGAAGCUCAUUGCGCCGGAGUUCUUCGUGGACAAGAUUAAGGGUAUGAUAGAGCUGGUUGAGGAUGCAACUGCUCCAUUGUUGGAAUCAUGGGAGAGCAUUCUCGACAAUGUGGGAGGGAGUAGGGAUAUAGUUGUUGACGAUUACUUGCGGAAGCUGUCAGCAGAUGUAAUCGCCAGGAUUUGUUUUGGGAGAAGUUUCACAAGAGGAGAAGAGAUAUUUUGCAAGCUUAGGCAGCUCCAAAAGGCUAUUUCUCAGCAAGAUGCCCUGGUGGGACUCUCUGCAUUUUGGAAGCACCUGCCUACCAGCGUCAACCGAGAAAUAGGAAAGUUGGAGGAGGAAGCUCGUUUACUGAUCCUGGAUGUCAUGAAGGAACACAAUAACAGCACGGACAACGACCUUCUUCGCGUCAUUAUUGAUGGUGCACAAGGUUGUCACCUGCAAGGGCGUGAUGCUGAGGACUUCAUCAUCGGCAACUGCAAGGGCAUGUACUUUGCAGGGCAUGGGACCACAGAAGUCACCAUGAUUUGGUGCUUGAUGUUACUGGCCGCGCACCCUGAGUGGCAGGAACACGCCCGAGCUGAAGCUGCAGAGGUCUGCCAGGGAGGAGCGACACUCGAUGUCAACGCUCUACGCCAACUCAGAAUCAUCACGAUGGUGAUCCAAGAGACUCUCCGUCUGUUCCCUCCGGCAUCGCUGAUGAUGCGUGAGGUGCUGAUAGACGUCAAGAUAGGCGGCCUGGACGUCCCCCAUGGAACGAUCAUCCAGGUGGACAGAUCGAUGCUGCACCAGGACAAGGACGCCUGGGGCCCCGACGCCUGCGAGUUCCAUCCGGACCGGUUCGCCAACGGUGUGGGUGUGGCCGCGGCGUGCAGGCCGGCAGGCAUGUACAUGCCGUUCGGGCACGGGCCCAGGACCUGCAUCGGGCAGAACCUGGCGAUGGUUGAGCUCAAGGUGGUGCUGGCCCGCCUGCUGAGCAGGUUCGCCUUCGCGCCGUCGCCGAGGUACCGGCACGCACCCGUGUUCCGGCUGACCAUCGAGCCUGGCUUCGGCAUGCCCCUUGUGGUGACAAAGCUGUGAUCAUCGCUCUCAUGUCAUCUGGGCUCAGUCUCACUGUCUGUAUGUGCUGCAAUGUUUGCGAUGCUACUGCCGACAAUGCGCCGGGUACCGAGCCUUCCUAGUGAAAGUGAAACCGGUCAGGCACUCAGGCAGCUCUCCUGCAAUUACGAAUUCUGUCUCUCUGUUUCUGAACCAAUUUGAUCCGUCUUACAGUCUAAGAUGCAAAAGCGAAAUGCCACGGUGCAUCUUGUACGUUCAA